UCGUUUGUUUACGUUUCGCAGUCGGCGUAAGGAUAAUCUGUCUUUUAAUAGUGUUUGCCGUUUAACUUUACUUUUUUGACGUUUAUUUUUAUAAUAAUAUUUAAUCACUAAAGUAGUAAAUAAUAAUUUCUAACCAAAUACUCUGUUUACAUUAACGAUCAAGCUACUUUCGUUUGAUGUAAAAUUAAAUUGUGAACCAAAUCGCCCAUUAUUUGGAAUACAUUUAUUAAAGAUUACAACUACAGCCAUAAAAAGAGAGAAAUCGCCGGCAAGUAAAUUGUCCAUAACGUUUCGUUCAGUUCACCUCGCUUUAGACUGCUGUUAAAAUCGAUUGAAUUUGAAUCAAAAUGGUUGCUGAACAUUUGUCGUAAAUGGAGCCGAGCAAAGUCACAAGUAAAACCAGUAGCUUGAAAUCGUUGGUGCUGAAAGCGUGGGGUGAACGUUGGACUGAAAUUCAGUGGGGUAUUUCUAUAAAAUCGGUUCUACCCAGAGGAGUUAGCGGAGAUGUCUAUAAUUUGGCCGACAUAAUAUUAUCACAAGCUCUAGUUGGUUCUUAUCCCAAUGAACUUGUACUUUCUUAUUUAAGACAUUCACUAAACUGCCAACUUGUUUCUUAUGCAGCCAUUCUUCAGCGCAUUAGUAAAUAUGAUAAAUUUCAAAAAAGAUCAUGUGUUAUUAUUUUACUUGAUUUCCUUGAAUCUACACUUCAUGGCAUAACAUGUCGAGGGAAACCAGAAGAAAGUGUAUUAGCUAUAGCAUUAUUAUCGUUAGUUGAUUGGCUGUUAACAUGUGUUCGUAGUGGACAUGUACCUAAAGAUGGUACCACCAAUCGUCUUGAAGAUCGUAUUGCAAACAAAUCUAUUCAAAUUUUAGAAUCUCUUUUAAACAAUGAUUUUAUAUUUGCUAUGCUUUAUUUGGCUAAGCAUGAUGAUGCUGAACUGUACUUGGUCAUUGUGAAUAAGUGUCAAGAAAUUAGUCAAGAUGUACAAAAUUCAAUGGACACAAAUAUUCCACAUGUGCACAAUGUUUUAAUAAAAUUAUGCAAUAUUGAAUUUAAAAAUUCGACAAAACUUACAGCGAUGGAAUCAGUAACAACUUAUAAUGAACCAAUUACUUAUGUAUUACAACCAUUGUUAGCCAUUAGAGUGAUGUUAAACCCUACAACAGAGACUCAAGUAUUAGUGGACAAAUUAAAAAUGAUUCGUCAAAUUAAAGGUUACAGUAAUCCACGAUUGUACUGUGAACUUAUCCGUGCUUGUCUUAUGUGUUUACGAGAUUCUUUGAGUAAAGAAGAUCAUGGACCACAGUGGGGUGCAUUUACAUUUAUAAAACUUCCACACAUCAUAAAACAUCUCUGUGAAGACUCCAAAAGUUUCAAAGCAUCUGAAGAAGUAAUUCAAGGUUUUGAGAUGCUAUUGGAGAUGUUUCCAUUGUUAGAUUUCAUUGAUUCACAUACAGCCUGCAGCUGUAUAGAACUUUUACUCAAUGAAUUAGUGAAACUAGAUUUUGUAACUGAAAAUCAAUGCAGUUCAAUAAUUGCUAGGAGAGCUAGUGUAGUUUCAACACUUAGCAGUCCAAAUCCUCCUUCAAACGUUUUGACCAUUAUUAUGAGAACUGAGCCUACUUUACAAAGAAUGCUUAGGACCUUAGAUUCUGACUACUCUAAAAUUCAAGAAGCUUUAGUUAGUAUGCUCAGUCAAGUACUUGCUGGAAACAGUUUAGAGUUAAUCCUAGCAGCAGCAUCAGUUGAAGGGAAAUUGCGCAUGUUUGUUUCUAAAGUAAUCAAAUUUAAUGAAUUCAGCAAGCAAAUUAAUCUACAAGAUGGUGCUAAAUCUGUACACACUAAUGCAGUAUUGUUUGACAUGACAUUCUUAAUGCUUUGUUUUAUAACUCAAAAAUAUGGAUAUCAAUCAAUUUUCCUUGAUGGUGGCAACGAUACAUUUUUUGAAAAAUGGUGCCGGCAGUGUAUGGUUGAACUCGGAAAUCCCAAGUCACAUGAAACUAUGAUGGGUGAAUGUGAUCCAAGUAAAGUAGAAGCUUUGUUAACUGCAAUUGAUAACGGAGAAGAUUUAAUAAAUUGUGAUACCAGUUGGGACCAAAUCUGCAUAUCUAUAAUUGGUGCUACACACGAUGUUUUAGUUGCUUGGGAAAAUUCCACAUUGAGUAGUAAUGAUGUUAAACGUAUUUUAGAUUCAAUGCGUUCAUCAAUGUUUUGUUUGCCUAUUUGUGCAGCGGCAUGGCUCUGUUCUUAUAUGCAGGUUUUGCAUCAAGAUGCUUUACUUAAGCCAUUAAAUAUGGUACAACAGUUAUUGAAUGUUCUUCCAGAGAAUGAAGAAAGUCAAGACAACUACUAUAAAUGUCGUCAAGUAUUGAUGUGUCAAAUUAUACGUAAAAUGCAACAAGAUUUGAAUCCCCCGACAAUGCCGUCCAAACCUUCUCACAGUAUUAUUUCAAAAGACUCAAUUCUUGAACAACUUAUACCCAUUUGGGAGAGUAUUCUAGAAGUAGGUUGGUUAAAUGUAAAUGCUGCUCAAAAAUUAAAAACGACAUUAUUUACAGCUGGAUCAGAUUGGUUUGUUAAUAAUUUAAUCAAGGAAAUGAUGAAGUUACAGUAUCGCGAUGAAUUAGAAAAAGCUGUUGACUUAUUGUUUGCUAUAUUUCAUUUUGAUAUUGAGUUCUGUACCCUUGCAUUACUAGAACUGAUGCCUCAGUACCUGUUUAAUCCAGAUAUAAAUGUAGAGUUAAUUGAGCCUCAACAGACUGCACUGGCUAAAUUGUGUUCAUAUUGCAUUUACGCAUCAGUUGAAUUGCAACAAAAUAGUAUAGUAAAAAAUGAAGUUUAUAAAACAACAAACAACAUGGAUAUUGACAUUGACAAUUCAUGGCCACCAAAUAAAAUUAUGCGUUUGGAUAAUGGAGAUUGUGAUUCUAGUGGUACUGGUAUAAAUGGAAUACUUUUAAAAGCACUUGUGGCUCUUUUCCGUCGUAUUGCUGUUGUUGCUUCAAGACAUGAAACAUUGUGCAGAGAAACUCACUUUGUGUUAAGAUUACUUGAGCAACUUGUUAUGUGUGGACGAGGAUCAUCACAAAUUAUUCUCAGACAUUUGCCACCAACUCUGUUGCCAAAUUUGAUACGUUGCGUUCCAGAAUUAUUUACUGUAGAUUUGAUUUUGAAUCUAUAUGACGUGAAUUGGCCGUCUGGUCGUAAAGCUGCCACUAGUGAUUUGUGUCUAUUGCAGAAAACUCGUUGUGCAAAACAUACUGAGUAUUUGUAAGCGGAUGAUAAAUUAAAUCUAAGCGGCAUUUAGAAAAUUCAUAUGGAAUAAAUUACUAAUUUAAUACUAUUAUCAACCGAUUUAAACAAAAAAGAAGAAUGAUUAAGAUACAUUACAAAUGUUCAAUAUAAUUGUAUCCGGAUUACAACAAAUGCGUGGACUGUAUAUUAUUGAUAUUUAUUUAUUACAUAUUAUAAACUACUAGGUCAAAUAAAAAGAUUUUUUUUAUUAUAA